GUCGCGAGCACGUCUGGGUCCCUCCCUCCCUCCCUACUCUGCCUCCUCCGCCGCCCUGCUGCUCCCUCGCCCCAGCCGCCCGCCGAGCAGCCGUUUCCGCCCUCUGGCCCCCCCGGCGCGCGAGCUCUGCGCUUGCGCCGCGGGGUGCCCGCCGGGGGCCAAGGCGGCGGAUGGCGGCGAUGCCCCACCCGAGGGACGAGGCGCCGCCGCCGCUGGUGCCCCAGCCCGCGUCCAGGAGCAACCUGGACGCCUUCGACGACGUCCCCGACGACUUCGAAUUGCCGCCUGGGAGCGUCAAGAAGGGGGAGAAGUAUCGACAAGUAUUGCUCCCAGUGCCAUUCCAUCUACCCCGACAACCGCCUCACGAGAGGAGGCAAUCGAAAAAGCAAAGUUGCAUAAAGAUGAAUUGCCGCAGGCCCGCGCGGAUUUAUGGGGUCGGCACGAGGCCCACUUGGCGGCGCCUUCUCCGCCACGCUUGGUUCGCUCUGCGCGCCAAGAAGGGGGCCCCAGCGCCCAUCCGAGAAAUCCGCGCUGACCUCCGAAGGCAUAUAUGUAUGCAGUUGUUUUUGUUCAUAGGCCAGACCCAGAUCGGCCCGACAUUGUUUAACAUCUACGGGCGGGCGAGCGGAAUGGAGGAGAUCCAGAACAAGUCCACCAACGAGCGCCUCGACGGAGUCGUGUGGCUGGCCGCCCCUCUCAUGAACUACAUGAAGAAUCCGCGAGUCAUGGCCCAGGGCCGCGUGCAGAUGAACUUCCGGGGCAUCCCCGACUGGCAGAUCAGGGUGUUUUUGUUGUUCUAACAUCGUGCACUACCUCAUGACGCUGGACUGGAGCAAUCAGGAGCUGGCGAACCCGCCGGACAGCGUCCUCCUUCGCGCCGCUGCGGUGGUACGAGAAGAUGAACGCGGAUGCGGGCAGAUGAGGGCGAUCGCAGCGUCCGCACGGCACGCUCGAGUGCCACGCGGCCGCCCAGAGCGCGCGCGCGCGCGCGAGCGUGUGGAGCGGCUCCGCGCGAGCGCGCGCGGGACCAGCCGGGGCGCGCGCCGCGCGGUACCGGCUGAGGGCGCGCCGCUGCGCGCGGGCGCGCGCGCGCGGUGUCGCGCGCGCGCGGCGCCAGCCUUUUUCCCCUUCCAGGGCGCGCUCUCUCGUCUCUCUCUCUCUCUCUCUCUCUCUCUCGCUCUCUCGUGUUCCGUGUUCUGGCUGGCCUCCACACGAUCUCUGAGCCUCGGAGCUCUCUCCCCGAGAGCGCGCCACGUGCCCCUUUUUCCCUUUUUCUCCAUUUCUUGCUCGGGCCAGCCUGGCGGACGUCGGCCUGCCUUUGGCCUCCGCCGCGGCCUCUUGGCGGGAGCGGCCGCGCGCCAUCCACAAAAGGAGGCCGCGCACAGCGGCGAGCGCACUUCGCCUCCACGAGCCGGCAGGGGGAGAGAGGCAGAGGGGGGGCCGCGGAGCCCCGGCGCGCUGCAGAGGAGCGGGG